CUAAAAUGGUAGAGACUUGUAUUACUGGUUACCGCUCAGUAGACGUGCAGUCGUGACAGAGACUUUGGCGAAGGUGCCAGCAAUCUGAGGUGAGCAUUAUCAUUGAUUCGUCCUUCUUCAGUCACAAUGUCUGACAAAAAAAGCAAUUGGACAGAGAACCGUAAGAAGGUUUUAAAGUGUGUAUCCAUGUUGAUUACAGCAGCCGCUCCUUUCUGUCCCAUCAUCAAUUUAGCUAAACCUUUCAUCCAGGAAAUACUGAAUUAUGUGGACGAUGGAGAUCUCGAGAAACUCAAGUACGAGUUCGGUAAAAUGCAUGAUUGCCUCAAUAAAAUAUUGCAGAUGAGCCAAGAAACCCUGGAGGUGAUCCAGAUGGGCACGAUUGAAACUCAGUUCAGUGAUAUUGAUGAAAACAUUGUCUAUCAGUACAACAAAUACAAGGAAGUCAUAAUGGCAGAGCCAGGCAAUCUGAAAAAGAAGAUGGCGGAGUUUGUAGAAUGUUGUGAGAAUAGCAAUACAGACAAUAACAUGCGCAACAUUUACAAUGUCGUAAUGGGGAACACUAUCUUCGUGAACCUGGAAUAUUCACAUGUUAAAAAGGAUGCAAUGGAAUACUUCUUGAACCGCCUCAACUACCUCUUCUUCAUUGGUUUUAUCGCUAUAAUGGGCUACUAUGAAGCCAAAGGAAUAGACCUUCAGGUUCCCUAUGAUCAGUGGCUGAAAAAGAUGAACGAAGUGCACCAGAAGUUGCAGGAGAGAAAGCUUAAUAUUCCAGCACCUAUGCAACCAAUGUCGUAAACAAUCAUUUUGUUGCUUUCUUGCAUGCAUUGACCUGAGUCAUCUAACACAGCUUUACCCUUCUGGUGACUACAGGUUAUGCAGAUACACAUAAUGAUGCGUCUAAUUUUCUAUCCUCUAUUUUUUCAUGAUUACAGAUUUACCUUGGCUCAGUUUAACACUUUAAGACAAAUACUGUAUAUUUUACACUUUAUAUCUGUUUAGUUGAAAAUCUACUGCUGUAUAAGAUUAAUAACAUCACUCAAGUGCUCUUUUGGUUUUAGCUGAAGAUAAAGAUAAGUUAAAGAUAAAGAUAAGUCAGCUAAAAACUAGCAAAACGAGCUGUGAAAUCCCAUGCUAAAACCAGCCUCCUAUACCAAAAACUUUAUUUUGUUUUUUUUCAGCAUCAUAUUGCUUUAAAACUACAUAACUAUUUUAUACACUGAAAAAAUGGUCGCUAGUUGGUCGCCUCAUUCGGGCAGUACCCUGUAAAAAAGCACACAUUUGCACCUAAAGAGUUCAUAUAAUAACCUCAGAGCUAGCUACGUAUUGGUACCAAACGUAGCCUAUACAUGUCGACACCUAAAUUUUACAAAUCAGGACCUUUUUAAAUGGUACCUGACAGAUAGGGACAAUUUUUGACCAUUUUUUUUACAGUGUAUAUAACAAUAUAAAAGGAUCUCUACCUGGCUGUUCUUUUUUAUUUACUUAUAGAGGGAAUAUUGUGGGUUUUUGCAUUUUAAUUUUG